AUGUCUCGCGCGCACCGUUCUCUGUCCUACCUGUGCGCACAGUACUGCGCUGUGGAAACGCCCGCCGACCCUGCGACGGAGGCCAAAGAGUGCCAGAGGCAGAGCAAGAAGCAAGAAGAAGUGCUGAAGAAAUUCCGAAUGCACGAAUGUAACUUGCUGCUAGCGACAUCUGCCUUAGAGGAGGGCAUAGAUCUGCCCCGGUGCAACUUGGUGCUACGCUGGGACGUGCCGCAAUCGUACCGAUCCUACGGUCUAUGCCGCGGGCGUGCUAGGGCUACUCGCUCCGCUUGCGGCGUGCUGUGCUGUGGUGAGGGCAACGCUACCGACGAGCUGAUACACAACCUGGCCACUUAUAGGGAGAUUGAUCAGGUAAUAUAUGCUAAUAUUUGGGUAAAGUCCGGUCGCCGAGCAGAUAGAAUUUCGUCCAAUGACCCCAAGCUACCCAUCCUUAUCGCUCGCGCGUAAUUAUGUUGCUGUUGCGAC